AUGGAAAAGGGCUGAAUGAGGAGUGGAAUUCGUGAGAAAGGAGCUAUAGCCUUCCGCGCCCUUCUCAUUUCACAACCUUACCCUCGUUUCACUUCUUAUACUCCCACUCAUUUGCCGCCGCCACUCCUCUCUCGCGGUCGCCCCCUCGCCGCUGCGUACAGGUGCUGCUCAUCCUCCGCGAAGUCCUCGUCUCCCUCCGCCAUGCCGGGCGCCGAAUCGCAGGGACUGGAGUGGCCAGCGAAGCGCGUCAGGGACACCUUCGUCAAGUUUUUCGAGGAGAAGGCUCACGUCUUCUGGAAGUCUAGCCCCGUCGUUCCCCACAACGAUCCCACUCUUUUAUUCGCCAAUGCUGGUAUGAACCAGUUCAAGCCCAUUUUUCUGGGGACAGCAGACCCAAACACUCAGUUGAGCAAGCUGACUCGAGCAUGCAACACCCAGAAAUGUAUAAGAGCAGGCGGGAAGCACAACGAUCUCGAUGAUGUAGGGAAAGACACUUACCACCACACCUUCUUUGAGAUGCUUGGCAAUUGGUCUUUCGGGGAUUAUUUCAAGAAGGAAGCCAUUGGAUGGGCUUGGGAGCUUCUCACAAAAGUUUAUAAGCUGCCAGAAGAUCGAAUUUAUGCCACCUAUUUUGGUGGUGAUGAGAAGGCUGGUCUUGCUCCUGAUGAUGAAGCUAGAGAGUUGUGGCUUAAAUUUCUACCAGCUGGUCAUGUACUACCGUUUGGCUGUAAGGAUAACUUCUGGGAGAUGGGAGAUACUGGUCCUUGUGGUCCAUGCACUGAAAUUCAUUACGAUAGAAUCGGAAAUCGUGAUGCUGCAUCAUUAGUCAACAACGAUGAUCCUACCUGCAUUGAAAUUUGGAACCUCGUCUUUAUUCAGUUCAAUAGGGAAAGUGAUGGUUCUCUAAAGCCGCUCCCUGCUAAGCAUGUUGAUACUGGGAUGGGAUUUGAAAGAUUAACUUCCAUACUUCAGAACAAGAUGAGCAAUUAUGAUACUGAUGUGUUCAUGCCCAUCUUUGAUGCUAUCCAACAGGCAACAGGGGCUCCACCAUAUUCUGGGAAAGUUGGUGUGGAUGAUGUGGACAAAAUUGACAUGGCAUACAGAGUUGUUGCAGAUCAUAUAAGAACUCUUUCAUUUUCCAUUGCUGAUGGGUCUCGUCCAGGCAAUGACGGCCGUGAAUAUGUUCUGAGGCGCAUUCUUCGUCGCGCUGUUCGGUAUGGAAAUGAUGUCCUAAAAGCUAAAGAAGGAUUUUUCAAUGGGCUUGUGCACAUUCUGGUGACACUGAUGGGUGAUGUUUUCCCAGAGCUACAACAACAUGAAGCACAUAUCAGGGAGAUAAUCAAAGAGGAGGAAGAAACUUUUGAGAAGACUUUACAGAAGGGAAUAGAAAGAUUCAAGAAGGCUGCUCAGGAUGUUCAAGGGAAAACAUUUAGUGGGCAGGAUGCUUUUGUUUUGUGGGACACAUUUGGGUUUCCAUUAGAUUUGACUCAGUUGAUGGCAGAGGAAAGGGGAUUGAUAGUUGAUGUUGAGGGUUUCAAUAAUGCUAUGGAUGAGGCUCGAGAAAGAUCAAGGAGUGCUCAAAAUAAGCAAGCUGGUGGUGCUAUUGUCAUGGAUGCUGAUGCUACUGCUACAUUGCACAAGAGGGGAGUUGCUGCAACAGAUGACAGCUUUAAAUUUAUUUGGAACCAGGACCAUGAAAGCGUGGUAAAAGCAAUUUACACUGGUUCUGAGUUUAUUAAUAGUGCUUCUGCUGGCAAUGAAGUUGGUAUAGUUUUGGAGUCUACAAAUUUUUAUGCUGAGCAAGGUGGUCAGAUUUUUGAUACUGGAUCACUUGAAGGAUCCUCUUUCUCGUUUCAAGUUUGCAAUGUUCAAAUUUAUGGAGGUUUUGUUGUCCACAUUGGUUCUUUUUCUGGAGAGAGUGGCAAACUCUUAGUCGGUGACAAAGUAAAUUGCAAGGUUGAUUACAAUAGGCGUAAACUCAUUGCCCCCAACCAUACAUGCACGCACAUGUUGAAUUUUGCUCUGAGGGAAGUUCUUGGAAAUCAUGUCGACCAGAAGGGUUCUAUUGUUCUUGCUGAGAAAUUGAGAUUUGAUUUUUCACAUGGCAAGCCGGUAGAUCCUGACAGUUUGAGAAGAAUAGAGUCAAUUGUGAAUGAGCAAAUCAGAGCUGAAUUAGGUGUAUAUGCUAAAGAGGUAGCCCUGGUUGAUGCCAAGCGCAUCAAUGGUUUAAGGGCUGUAUUUGGAGAGGUAUAUCCUGACCCAGUAAGAGUGGUGGCUAUUGGGCGGAAGGUUGAGGAUCUUUUGGAUUACCCCGAAAAUGAGGAAUGGUUAUCAAUUUCAGCAGAACUUUGUGGAGGGACACAUAUAAUAAAUACACGGGAAGCAAAGGCCUUUGCUCUUUUAUCUGAGGAGGGAAUUGCUAAGGGAAUACGGAGAAUAACUGCUGUCACAAGUGAAGGUGCGUUUCAGGCAAUUGAAUUGGCUCGGUCGCUUGAGCAAGACGUACAUGAAGCGUCCAAGGCUGAAGGAAGCUUGCUGGAGAAGAAAGUAGCUUCCCUAAAAUCUCGCGUGGACUCAGCACCAAUUCCAGCUGCUAAGAAAGCUGAAAUCAGGGCCAAGAUGGCUGUACUUCAGACCCAAUUGAGGAAAGCACAGAAGAUGAUUGCAGAGCAAAAUAUAAAGAAUGCUGUAAAGGUUGCAACUGAGAUGGCUGAAGUUGCUGCUUCAGAUGGGAAAGCUUACUGUGUUUCCCAAGUUGAUGUUGGUUUGGAUACAGCCGCAGUUCGUGAAGCUGUUUUGAAGAUCACUGGGAUGGGAAUGCCCGCCAUGGUUUUCAGCACAGAUGAGACCACAAAUAAAGCUUUGGUGUGUGCUGGCGUACCAGGGGACAAGGGCACUCAGUUGGAGGUCUCAGAGUGGUUGACAGCAGCCAUGGGUCCUUUGAAUGGAAGAUGCGGAAAAGGAAAAGGUGGCCUUGCUACUGGCCAGGGAACAGAUGCAUCUCGUCUGAAUGAGGCGAUAGACCUUGCAACGAGUUUUGCACAGAUGAAAUUGAGAUGAAGGAUGACACGAAGCUCCACAGAAAAUUGGAAGAAUUGGAUAGAUACUACAAGAACUGCAAUUAAAUUUAGAAGUGAUGAGAAGCGCAAUUAUAUACUAAUCAAUUACAUAGCUAGGCGUUGAAUGAGAAAGAGAAAGACUUGUCAUAACAUGAUAAUGUUUUAAAAGUUAUGUUGUGUUGCAUGAAUCUGACCUGUCUGUCCCAUUUAGUUUCAGGAAAGAGGCUAAAAAGUUAUGUACAACGGCUGUAUUUCUUGUGCGUCUCUCUCUCCUCAUGUGGCAUGUUUAUGUCAGGGGAGAGAUACGCACCGUUGAACUUAAGAUCUCACGUUCGUUUGUUGUGUGUCCAUCUCUCCCAUCAUUGACCUACAUUAAUGAGAUUUGAGGUUUCCUUAA